AUGGCAGCGAAACAGAAAAGGAAAUUAGAAGACCUCAGUGUGGACGAAUUCCUGGUCUCAGCAUUUGAUUCUCCAGAGGAAGAUGAAUCUGAAGAAGAGACUCCAAAACAGAAGAAAAAGAAGAAAGCAGAGCCUCCGAUGAGCAGAAAUGAAAAGAAGGGUAAAGCCUCCGAGCAUAAGGAGCAGCUGUCCCGGUUAAAGAACAAAGACCCGGAGUUCUACAAGUUUCUGGAGGAGAACGACCAAUCGCUGCUCAAUUUUGAUGACACGGACAGCUCCGAAGAGGAGGAGGAUGGAAAUAAGUACCACAAAGUACCAUCUGAACUGGAGGAAGCUGCCUCUGAGGAGGAUGACGAUGAAGAAGAUACACCUUCGAAGAAGACCAAAAAGGCAGCGGAGUCCAUCAAAGUCACAGACAAAAUGAUUGAAGCGUGGAGAGCUGCUUUGAGGAAAGAGCCCACUCCUCGCCUCUUCAGAGAGGUCACACAGGCCUUUAAGGCUGCCGUUGCCACGACGAAGGGGGAAGGAGGGGUGCAGUGUCGCUACAAGGUGGCUGACAGUUCAGUGUUCAAUGCGUUGAUCCUGCUCUGUAUCAGAGAGCUUCACCUGGCGCUGCAGAAGCUGCUCAACGUGAAGCCCAACAAAGAUCAGAAGAAAUUGGUGCUUCCUUCAUCUAGUCCAAGAUGGCAGCGGAAUCUGAGUGACAUCAAGAUGUAUCUGGGUGGAGUAGUUCAGUUGUUAUCCUGCCUGACAGAAACCACCGUCAUCACUGCUGUCCUGAAGCACGUCAACCAGCUUGUACCGUAUUACCUGUGUCUGCCCAAACAGUGUCGGCAUCUGUUGAAGCAACUUCUAAAGCAGUGGAGCACAGGGGAGGAAACGAGUCGGGUUCUUUCCUUUCUGGCCCUCAACAAGAUCUGCAGACACAAACAGGAGGCGUAUCUGAAUAUAAUUUUAAAGCAAAUGUACAUUUCCUAUGUGCAAAACUGCAAGUUCACAUCUCCCAAUGCACUUCCCAUGAUUAACUUCAUGCAAAGAACUCUGACAGAGAUGUACGCCUUGGACACUCAUGCCGCCUAUCAGCAGGCCUUCAUCUACAUCCGACAGCUGGCCAUUCACCUCAGAAACGCCAUGACCAUGAAGAAGAAGGAGGCCCACCAGGCGGUGUAUAACUGGCAGUUUAUUCACUGUCUGUAUCUGUGGUGUCGGGUCCUCAGCACCUUGUAUCCCAGUGACGUUCUCCAACCACUCAUCUACCCUCUCUGCCAAGUCAUACUUGGCACCAUCAAACUGGUGCCGACGUCCAGAUAUUACCCUCUGAGGAUGCACUGCUGCAGAGCACUCACCUUGCUUUCUAGCAGCACCAACACUUUUGUGCCUGUUCUGCCUUUUCUUCUCGAGAUCUUCCAGCAAGUUGAUUUCAACAAGAAACCGGGUCGAAUGAGCAAGAAACCGAUCAACUUUGCAGUGAUCCUUAAGCUGAACAAGGUCAACCUAUUGGAGAAGGCCUACAAGGAUGGGCUGAUUGACCAGCUGUAUGACUUGAUGCUUGAGUACUUUCACACUCAGGCCUACUCUAUUGGCUUCCCUGAGCUCGCCCUGCCCACCAUUGUUCAGCUGAAAGCUUUCCUGAAGGAAUGCAAAGUGGCCAAUUACUCCAAGCCGAUGCGGCAGCUGUUGGAGAAGAUACAGGAAAACAGCAGCUAUAUCACAGGACGGAGACAGAAGGCCGCCUUCGGAGUGGCUGAUUCUGCCGCCGUGGCGGCCUGGGAGAAGCAGACCCAGCAGGAGGGGACUCCCCUCUCCAGGUACUACAGCCAGUGGAAGAAGCUGAGGGAGAAGGAGAUCCAGCUGGAGAUCUCUGGCAAAGAGAGGAUGGAGGAUCUGGACCUGCCAGAGAUCAAACGCAGGAAGAUCCAAGAGAGGAAGGCGGAGGACAAGAAGGAAUUCAAGGGUCUGUUCCAGUCCGACAGCGACUCAGACGACAGCGACACAGGACUCAAAAUCAAAAGUAAGAAGAGCAACCAAGAAUCAGACGAAGAUGAGGACCUGUCAGACGGGAGCGACGAGGAAGGGUCGCAGGAGGAAGACUCAGCCGAUGAUGAUGAGGAUGAAGAAGCCUCCAUGGCUCCCCAGCCGCUCUCCUCUGCUGCUCUGAUAAAACUGGCGGAGGGAGAGGAAGACGUGGUCGAAGACCUGCAGCUGUCUGACGAAGACUGAGCCUCCGAGUUUGUUACGUUGAGGUUCACUGCGUGUUUUUGGACUUUCCACUUCAGAAUUUUGUAUCGCUUCAUGUGUACAGAACAAAUAAGAUCAUAAUGUAAGUUUAUUGACCCAGAAAAUGUUCAGGAACCCCCAGAUUGUGGUGCCUUGUGUCCUUUUUUUCAUUCUUAUUAUUAAAAGUUUGAAUCGGUU